UGGAAAGUUUCGCGGACUUUAUCCUCCGGAGUGAAGCUUUUUCUUCUUCUUCAGAGCCGGAGCCGGAGUCAGAGCUGUGACAGCAGCAGAGCCUCUCAACCGAUUUCCACUUUGUGUGACCAGAGAACGAGCGACCAUGUCUUUGAUAAAUGGCCACACUGUGAGCAAAGAAACAUGGGAUUCACACAACAAAAUGAUGCUGGAGCCUCUGAGCGUCAACGACUCUGAGGUGUUCUCCAUCAUUAAAAAAGAGAAGCACAGGCAGACGUACGGUCUGGAGCUGAUCGCGUCUGAGAACUUCGCCAGCAGAGCGGUUCUGGAGGCUCUGGGUUCCUGCAUGAACAACAAAUACUCUGAGGGAUAUCCUGGUCAGAGGUAUUAUGGUGGUACGGAGCAUGUUGAUGAGCUGGAGAGACUCUGUCAGAAGAGGGCACUGGAGACUUACGGUCUGAACUCUGAGAAAUGGGGUGUCAACGUGCAGCCAUACUCAGGUUCACCUGCUAACUUUGCCAUCUACACGGCGGUUGUGGAGCCUCAUGGCAGGAUCAUGGGUCUGGACCUUCCUGACGGAGGUCACCUGACACACGGCUUCAUGACUGAGAAAAAGAAAAUCUCAGCAACGUCCAUCUUCUUUGAGUCCAUGCCAUAUAAGGUGAAUCCAGAAACCGGCUACAUCGAUUAUGACAGACUGCAGGAAAACGCUCGGCUGUUCCACCCCAGACUCAUCAUUGCAGGAACAAGCUGCUAUUCCCGCAACCUCGACUAUGGCCGUCUGAAGCAGAUCGCUAACGAGAACGGUGCAUAUCUGAUGGGAGACAUGGCUCACAUCAGUGGACUGGUGGCUGCUGGAGUGGUGCCCUCACCCUUUGAGCACUGUGACAUCGUUUCCACGACGACACACAAGACGCUGCGUGGCUGCCGCGCUGGACUCAUCUUCUAUAGGAAAGGCGUACGGAGCGUCGACGCCAAGGGGAAGGAGACUCUGUACAACCUGGAGUCUCUGAUCAAUCAGGCUGUGUUUCCAGGGCUGCAGGGAGGACCCCACAACCACGCUAUUGCAGGUGUUGCUGUCGCUCUCAAACAAGCCAUGACGCCAGAGUUCAAGGCCUACCAGACGCAGGUUCUCGCUAACUGCAAAGCUUUAUCCAGUGCCCUCAUUGACCACGGCUACAAAAUUGUCACUGGCGGCUCUGACAACCAUCUCAUUCUGCUGGACCUGCGCAACAAAGGAAGUGACGGAGGGCGAGCUGAGAAGGUUUUGGAAGCCUGUGCCAUUGCUUGUAAUAAGAACACCUGUCCAGGGGAUAAGAGUGCUCUGCGCCCGAGCGGUCUGAGGCUCGGUUCUCCAGCUCUGACCUCCAGAGGCCUGACAGAGGGCGACUUCAAGAAGGUGGCCGAGUUCAUUCACAGAGGUAUUGAGCUGACCUUGGAGUUGCAGAGAAGCCUGGAUCCCAAAGCCCCUCUUAAGGAGUUUGUCCAGGCGCUGGGCCAGGGAGAGAAGUUCCAGCAGCGAGUCUCAGAGAUCAGAGCAGAGGUGGAGGCUUUCGCUGGUCAGUUCCCCAUGCCUGGCCUUCCUGAGCUGUAGAGGGCAGCUGUUUACACUGAUGGAUGCUGGACGGAUAAUUAUAACAAACAUUAUAUUGCCAAAUUUGAUGGUUUCGUGUGUAUAAUUGUUCUGAAUGUACACCUGUUAAGUCUGUCACUGCUCAAAUCAGCAUACUUCCUCAGGACUUCACAGCAGCUCAGUUUCAGCUUGGGACCGACUAAAGAUAGAUUUACAAUCUUCAUUGUCUUCCAAUGUGUCCUUUGCUGUUUUUGAAGGAAUUUUCUUUUCUGCUGUAGCUUUGGUAUCCAAUGUUACGAUCACAAUUAAGCUUUAAUUUUGUCAGAAAUUACCAUUUUUGUAUUUAAUUUACAAUCCCAAAAUUUUCUUACAGACUACUGCAGAGCGAAACACAAACUGUGACAAUUACUUUCACAUAUGAGCACAUACUGUACACAUGCAAUGUAAUGAAUGGUAACUGAUGAAGUAAAAAAAAACCCACAAUUGUUGCAUUUCAUUAAAGAAUCGUUAAUUAUAAAAACCA